AUGCAGCUCCUCGUGCUCAAGAUGACCACAGAUACCAUGGCCGCUUUGCAACGCGCCGACGAGCCGCCGGCGGACGACCAAGACGAACUGCAGAAGCGCGAACAGGCUGCCGAAUUGGAUAUUGGUCAGCUGGAGGCGAAGCUGCUCGAGAUCAACCAACUUCUCGCCAGCGACGACCUCAGCCCCGAGCAACGCAAGGAGCUCGAGAAGACCAAGGCCGACACCGAGAACUACCUGGACAAGUUGCGCCGAUUGAAGGAUGCGCUGCUCGACAAACUGGCCAAUCUCACCAAGUACGGCCAGGAGAAGCAGAAGCUCAACUCGGCUGCCGAGCCUGUUGAAGUGGCACUGAAUACCAUCUUUGACAAGUAUGCCAACCAGGCCCCUCAGCCAUUCCUCGUCGGAAAGGACGACUUGAGCCGCGCCGACGAGGUGAAGGCACAGCUGGCUGAUUUGGCACGAGCUGUGGUUGCCACCAAGGAAUGGCUGCACGACAAUCUGCCAUCUCGCGAAGCCGAUCUUGACGCCCAGCUGGAUGAUCUCAAGUGGAAACAAGAGAACCUGAACAGCCUCAUCGACGAAUUGGCCACGGAAGUGCAAGCUGGCGAUGCCAUUCGAGCUAACUAUGAUCAACUGCUGCCCCUUGUCGCCGAUAUUGAGAACCGGGCGAUGGCAGCCCGUCAGACAGGAGAUCUGUCUGAUCCGGCUGCGCUGAAUGCUCUGAAGAGCGAACUCGAGCCACUCAUCGCUCGCGUUGCCGAAUUGAAGAGGAUGCAAGCCGAGAAGCCACCUCGCCUCACCGGACAACCAGAAAGUGUUGAUGCCGAUAGGCUGACUGAUCGACUCCGCAACGUUGACAAUCUGCUCAACGAUGAGGAGAAGAACGUGCAGGCGAAGCUUGAGCUUCUGGCUCUUGCAAACGAUGUGGUCGCUCAAGCUCAGGCCAUCGAUCAAGUGCUUGCCCGUGCUCACGAAGUCGAAGGAAACCCGAAUGCUUCUGUUGAUGAGCUCCGCAAGGCAGCCGACCAACUCGAACAAGGCCGCCCUCUGCUGGAUGCCCUCAACAACGACUACGAGAAGAUCAAGGCACUCGGAGAGGCGGAAACGCCUGAAGGCCAGAAGCUGGCCGUUGCCACCCUCGAGCGUUUCGAAAAGGCCACCGAAGCCAUCAACACGGCCAACAUCGCGCUCCAAGACCGUGCCGAUGCCCUCGAGGAUUUGCACAAGAAGGCUGAUGGAGCCGGAAGUCGUCUGGCCGAACUCGUUGACGAAGCUAACCGCCUCGUACGCGACCCAGAAGCCCUUCCAAGCAGCUACGAACCGACGGCCGGCGAAAUGCGUGAACAACUUUCCAUUGCUCGUAAGCUGCUCGCCAGCGCCCGAGACCAAGAUGAGCAUACCGCCUCGCUGGCAACAACCAUCGAUGCGGUCGAAGCUCUUCUCCCAGUACUCGACGACCGAACCACUUACUGGAAUGAAUUUGUGGCUGCUCUCGACAAUGCCGAUCAGCUUCUCGAGAACAUUGGAGCCCAGCUUGAUGCCCUCCAAGCCAAGCAGCCCGAACAUCUCGCUGCCGCCAAGGCCGAUCUGGAAGAAGCAAAACGUUUGAAGGGUCAAGACGUGGAACGGCUAAAGGAAGCCGCCCGAGAACUGCACCGACUAUCCGAGCUGCUCGACCCACUCGAGAGUGCGUACGCCGAUGCGCGAUUCUUGGAUGCUGACAUCGAUCAGAAGGUCGCCCACAUCGACAACUACAUGGCCGAUCUAGCCGAGAUCGAGGAUGAACUGGUGGGCGUCGAUUCCGCCAAGAAAUUGGCCGAAGAACUGCACCGUCUCCUUGCUGAUAUCCCGCAAAUCAACGAUGUCGACAGCUGGACCGCCAUUGCCGAACAUGAAAUUCCGGCACUGAAGGCUCAGCUUGACUUGCUGAAGGACAAGAUGGCCAAAGCUAACGACACACGCCACCGUGUCCUCGCCGAGUCCCCCGUUUAUCCCCUCGAGGAGAAGUUGAAUGCCGUCGAAGCGGCCCUCGAUAAGGCCAAGCAGAAUGCCAACGAGGCUGACAACGAGCGAUUGCUGCUGGUUCUCAACCUGCAGCUGGAGCAAGUCGAACAGCUCCCACUCGACAAUGUGUCUGUUGAACAACUGGACGCUAUCGAGAAGCAGCUCGAGUCUCUGAAGCCUGCUGGAGCCGACCAAGUGCCGCCACAAGUCCAGGCACAGCUCGACAAGAUUGCAGAGCUGAAGGCCCGAAAGGACAAGCACGACGCCGAUGUGGCUCAACUUGGAGCCGCUCUUGACGACAUUCGCAAGAAUCUCAACGAAGCCGACAAGCUCGCCCAUCCCACGAAGAAGGGCAAGAAGGGCAAGGAACAAGCCGUCGCACCAACCACCGAUGCGCUCAAGGAAGUGGUGGCCAAGCUGGAGAACGAGGUGCUACCAGCCCUCGCACAAGUCAACAAUCAAGCUGCCUCCACCCCUGGAGUCGAGCCCCAGCUUCAGGCUGCCAACGAGCUUCAAGCCAAGGCUCAAGAGCUGCUGGCUGAUGCCCAGAAACGGCUGGACGACCAGAUGGCCGCCGAUGAGAAGGCAGCUCGAGUCGAAGCCAAGCUCCUCGAGAUCAUGGUGACCCCAGAUGGAAUCGGCGCUUCGAAAAGUACCGCCGAGCCACCGCACUUCCAUCAAGGCAAAUUGCACAAUAUAAUAUGCAGUAAAACGCUCAUUUCAGGGGACUCGAACGAGGAUUUCAAGCAGAACCUGAAGCGUUUGGAGCAUGCCAAAUGCUUCAAUCCGAAGCGGGGCAGCAUUUCCGAUUUGGCAAUAGCAAAUGUGUUGCUUCGAGGCCCGGCUGGUGCCUGGAACAGCCCGGCGUCCAACGAAAAAACUUUGAAAAGUGAAGCCGAGGGAGCAGAAUUAGGAAAUCGGAUCAGUUUGACGAGAAAAUGCGAGGAGUGCGGAUUCCAUAUGACAUUCGACAGUUCUUCUGCUGCUAUGAUUGCGGAACGG